GAUUAUAUUUUAAACACAGUUUCGCUUAGACAUUUCAUUAGGAAGAGAGAUCAAUUAAGAACAAACUCAACAUCAACAUGAAAUUUGCUGCUAUUUUUGGAGUUCUAGUGGCUUUUAUCGCCUUCCUAGGUUGUUUUACAACUACCAGCGCUUCUCGUGAUGCCCGCCCUGUACAGCCCAGAUUUAAUGCACCACCACCAAAACCACAACGUCCUAUUAUCUAUGAUACACCUAUUAGAAGACCAGGUCCAAAAACUAUGUAUGCUUAAGCUUAAUUUUAAAGUAAAUUAUUAAUAAAUGUGUAAUAAAUUGAAAA